AUGGCGGUAGAAGUGGAUCUCUCAAAACCUUUGGUUCCCAGAAUCAGAUUAGAUGGGUAUUGGCAGAAGGUAGAGUAUGAAAAUCUGCCUAUGGUGUGCUUUGAGUGUGGCAGGGUGGGUCACACUAACCUAUCUUGCCCCGAUCUUAAUCGGCGACAAGGGGAGGAAGGAAAGACGGUGGCCUUGCCGGCAGGAGAUGCUUCGAACGGCGACACGAAGGCGGAAUCGAACGCGGGAUACGGCCCGUGGAUGGUGGUCACGCGAAAAUCGCGGCGGAACCAAGGAGAACAGAUCAAACAUGGAAGGUUGGAGGCAGAGAUGGAAACUAGCAACGGCUCUCUUAGAAUUGAGGAAAGGAAAGAAGCACUUUCCAUGGGAAAGUCAUAUUCUCAAAAUAAUUCAAGGAUUCAGCCAAAGCAACGGGUCUCUGCUGAGAACAAACUGGAGGCGGACAAAAAGGGCAAGAACAAUGAAAAGAAUGGUAAGGGAGAUAACAAGGGGAAGGGUAAGGUUUUGGGUCACAAUUCGAAGUUGGGCGAAGGCCUUCUUGGGCCGCAUCCGAUGGAGGCCUCGUCCAGUAGGCCCAUGGGAGAAGACAGCCAGAGUUUCAUUCCGGUUUCUCCUUCGAACAAGGCCACUAAGGAGAAAAGGGCUGAGCAGCAUAAGCCCAUUGGAAAUGAUACGGGGCCAACCAGCCACCCCCCUGUGGCUACCCAGACUGUCUCCAGUUUUAGUGAUGGUUAA